CCCGCCCGCCGCUGCCCGGGGCGGAGGUGACAGCGGCCCGGGACGGGCGGCCGCAAUUGCCGGCGGCACCGAGGGAUCGCCGAGCGGCGGAGAGCAGUCGUAUGGCACAUUUCCACGGGAGCCAGAGGAUUGUAUGCCAACAGGUUCUAAAAUUAGAGAGCUUCAAAUGACCUGAAAACGUGACGCUGCUGACACACCUGUAGCUGAAUCACCGCAAAUCAGAGCCUGGUGUUUCACAAAUCUACAGGAUGAUGUCAGAGCACGGCUGUAGGCGCUGAGACAUGAAAGUCUUACAUGCAACAAGGGUCUGAAGAAUUAAGGAUUUGUAUGUCCCCAAUGCGGGAUGAGUGCAGCAGUGGAACUGCAGGCAUUCACAGCAGGAGAAGGUGUUGUUUCCCCGGCAGACUUCAGAUGCCCCUGACGCCACGCCACGAAGGCAGUCAUUUCCUCUGCUUUCUCUCAAGCCCAUCUGUGCUGAUUUCCUCUGCAGUUCUUUUGCCUUCCAUCUGGAAUUGGUGAUAAAACAUGGAGGCUGGGUCAGUGGUUCGAGCCAUCUUUGACUUCUGCCCUAGUGUAUCAGAAGAACUGCCCCUCUUUGUGGGGGAUGUUAUUGAGGUGUUGGCAGUGGUGGAUGAAUUUUGGCUUCUAGGAAAGAAAGAGGAUGUUACAGGACAGUUCCCCAGUAGUUUUGUGGAAAUUGUGACCAUCCCCAGCCUAAAACAAGGAGAGAGGCUGUUUGUCUGUACCUGUGAAUUCACAUCCCAAGAAUUGAACAGUCUUCCCCUCUAUCGAGGUGACCUCGUGAUUCUCGAUGGCACUCCCACUGCCGGCUGGCUGCAAGGCCGAAGCUGCUGGGGUGCCCGGGGCUUCUUCCCAUCCUCGUGUGUUCGGGAGCUCUGCCUGUCCUCACAGAGCCGGCAGUGGCACUCACAGAGUGCCCUGCUGCAGAUUCCCGACUAUUCAAUGGGACAGGCCCGGGCGCUGAUGGGGCUCUCUGCCCAGCUGGAUGAGGAGCUGGACUUCAGAGAAGGGGAUGUGAUUACCAUUAUCGGAGUUCCUGAACCAGGCUGGUUUGAAGGGGAACUAGAGGGUCGAAGAGGCAUUUUCCCCGAAGGCUUUGUAGAACUUUUGGGGCCCCUGAGGACUGUGGAUGAGUCGGUGAGGUCUGGAAAUCAUGAUGACUGCAUGGAAAAUGGUGAAGUAGACACCCCUACAGGAGAAGAGGAGAGAGGGCCGGAAGAGGAGGACGAGCAGCCAGGGACCUACGGAAUCGCCCUCUACAGGUUCCAAGCCCUGGAGCCGAAUGAGUUGGAUUUUGAGGUAGGCGAUAAGAUCCGAAUUCUGGGGACCCUGGAAGAUGGCUGGCUGGAAGGAUCACUGAAGGGCAGGACAGGCAUCUUUCCUUAUCGGUUUGUAAAUUUAUGUCCUAAAACAAAGGUGGAGGAAACUGUGGUCCUGCCACAGGAAAGCAGCCUUCGCAGGGUCCCUGAAACGUCUUUGGAUUGCCCAGAGAACUCCUUAGUACUGGGAGAAGAAGGACAUGAAUCUCAUGAGUAUGAAGAAGAGAAGUCCAACUGUAUUAUUUUUGAAACAUCUGCUUCUCCCCCAGAUCAUCUGACCUCUGAAUAUGCAGUAAACACAAGCUCUCACUGGGAUGAGGGCACCUCCAGGGGGCCGCCGAGAAGCCCAGGCACAGGGCAUGGACAGCCUCUUGCCAAAGACUCUGCCACAAAGGAUUCUUCAGAGGUCGUCAAUGGUGUUUCCUCCCAACCUCAUGUACCUUUCCACCCCCAACUGCAGAAAAACCAGUAUUAUUCUAGAGCAGGAGGGAGCCAGCCGAGCUCAGGGCAGUUCUCUGACCCUUUUCCUCUAGAAGCAAGGACUAGAGACUAUUCCAGCCUCCCUUCCAGGAAAACAUACUCCCAGCCGAAAACCCUUACGAAGCGAGCCUCUCCUUUUCCUGAAGGCUCUUCUCUUUCAGCCUCUAGGGUGGUCAGGCCUAGCCAGUUGAGCCCUCAACUCCCGGGCAAGGCAAGGUGUACCAAAAAGUACCACACACUCAAAGAAAAAAAUGCUGCCCGCUUUUGUUCAGAGAUGAAGCCUGGUCUGCAAGACAUGGCGCCCGCUGUGGAUGCAUUGGCCCUUCCACAGGGAGACGGCAACGUUGACCUGGAUUCGAAGUUGACACAACAGCUGAUAGAGUUUGAGAAGAGCUUGUCAGGCACUGAACCAGAUAAAAUUUUGCGCCACUUUUCAAUCAUGGACUUUAGCUCCGAGAAGGAUAUUGUCCGAGGUUCCUCAAAGCUAAUCACCCAGCAGGAGCUGCCUGGGAGGAGAAAGGCCCUAAGGCCACCGCCACCCCGUCCAGCACCCACUUCUCCCCAUUUGCUGGUGGACCAGAACCUGAAACCCCAGCCACCCUUGGCAGUGCGGCCCUCUCGCCCAGCUCCCCUGCCUCCCUCAGCGCAGCAGAAAACAAAUGCGGUACCCCUCAAACUCCUAACCUGUAACCGUCCCACCUGUGAGACCCUAGAAAAGGAGGCCCCUGAGAAUAUCGAAAAGACUUUGGACCAAACUUCCCAGUGUCCAUUAGUAUUGGUGAGAAUUCAGGAAAUGGAACAGGACUUGGAUAUGUAUAGCAGGGCUCACGAAGAGCUAAACUUAAUGUUGGAGAAGCAAGAGGAAUCCUUAAGGGCAGAGACCCUGGAGAAUCUAGCAUUCUACGAGAGCAACAUUGAAAAUUUGAAUAUGGAACUCCAGCAGCUUAGAGAAAUGACGCUCCUCUCCUCCCAGUCUUCAUCUCCGGUGGCUGCUUCUGGAUCUGUGUCCACUGAAAACCCAGAGCAGAGGAUGCUGGAGAAGAGAGCCAAGGUGGUAGAAGAACUUCAUCAGACGGAACGAGACUACGUUCGGGAUCUGGAAAUGUGUAUUGAGCGGAUCAUGGUCCCCCUGCAGCAGGCACAGAUACCAAACAUUGAUUUUGAGGGACUUUUUGGAAAUAUGCAGAUGGUGAUAAAGGUCUCAAAACAAUUAUUGGCCGAUCUGGAAAUCAGCGAUGCUGACCCGUGUUUCUUGAUCACCGGGAUGAGCUUGAGGGAACAUACAAGGCUUACUGCCAGAACCACGAUGAGGCCACCUCACUGCUGGAAAUCUAUGAGAAGGAUGAGCGGAUCCAGAAGCAUCUUCAGGACUCCGUGGCAGAGCUUAAGUGUUAACAUUGAAUUGAUAUGUUCUGAGAAAAAUAUGAAAAUCAGCAUUAUCUCUAAUCAGCUGUCUGAUUUCUUUUCAUGCUCACUGCCCUAUAGGAGCCUGUACAGCGAAUGGGGAUGCACAAAUUAUAUCAACCUGGGCUCCUUCCUCAUCAAACCAGUGCAGAGAGUAAUGCGUUACCCACUGCUGCUAAUGGAGUUGCUGAAUUCCACCCCAGAAUCCCACCCAGAUAAAGUGCCUUUAACCAAUGCAGUCCUUGCAGUCAAGGAAAUCAACGUUAACAUUAAUGAAUACAAACGUCGGAAGGAUCUGGUCCUCAAGUACCGGAAGGGCGAUGAAGAUAGCCUCAUGGAGAAAAUUUCUAAACUGAACAUCCACUCCAUCAUCAAGAAAUCCAACCGCGUCAGCAGCCACCUAAAGCACCUCACUGGCUUUGCUCCCCAGAUAAGAGAUGAAGCAUUUGAAGAAACAGAAAAGAACUUCCGAAUGCAGGAAAGACUGAUCAAAUCUUUUAUACGAGAUCUGUCUCUCUACCUGCAGCACAUCCGGGAAUCGGCCUGUGUGAAAGUGGUGGCUGCGGCGAGCAUGUGGGAUGUGUGCAUGGAGAAGGGACACAAGGACUUGGAACAGUUCGAGAAGGUGCAUCGCUACAUCAGUGACCAGCUCUUCACAAACUUUAAGGAGAGGACGGAGCGGCUGGUCAUCUCCCCCCUCAAUCAGUUACUAAGCAUGUUUACAGGGCCCCACAAGCUGGUGCAGAAGCGCUUUGACAAGCUGCUGGACUUCUACAACUGCACGGAGCGGGCCGAGAAGCUGAAGGACAAGAAGACCCUGGAGGAGCUGCAGUCGGCCCGGAACAACUACGAGGCCCUGAAUGCGCAGCUGCUGGAUGAGCUGCCCAAGUUCCACCAGUACGCCCAGGGCCUCUUCACCAACUGCGUCCACGGCUACGCCGAGGCCCACUGCGACUUCGUGCGCCAGGCUCUGGAGCAGUUGAAGCCGCUGCUUUCAUUGCUUAAAGUUGCCGGCAGAGAGGGAAACCUUAUUGCCGUCUUCCACGAGGAGCACAGCAGGGUUCUGCAGCAGCUCCAGGUUUUCACCUUCUUCCCAGAGACUCUCCCGGCUACCAAGAGGCCGUUUGAGAGGAAGACCGUGGACCGCCAGUCCGCUCGAAAGCCACUCCUGGGCCUGCCAACUUACAUGCUGCAGUCGGACGAACUCCGGGCCUCUCUUCUGGCGAGGUAUCCCCCAGAAAAGCUCUUCCAAGCAGACCGGAACUUCAAUGCAGCUCAAGACCUGGAUGUCUCCCUUCUGGAAGGUGACCUGGUGGGCGUGAUCAAGAAAAAGGACCCCAUGGGCAGUCCGAACCGCUGGCUGAUUGACAAUGGAGUCACCAAAGGCUUCGUGUACAGCUCCUUCCUGAAGCCCUACAACGCCCGCCGCAGCCACUCCGACGCCUCUGUGGGCAGCCACUCCUCCACCGAGUCCGAGCACAGCAGCUCCUCCCCCAGGUUCCCUCGGCAGAACAGCCACAGCACCUUGACCUUCAACCCCAGCAGCAUGGCUGUGGCCUUCACGUCGGGGCCUUGCCAGAAACAGCCUCAAGAGGCAUCUUCAUUGAAGGAACUUGACCAAGCAACUCUCAGUGCUUCCUUAAACGUGGGCAGUUCAGAGAGCAGUCCUUCCAGCCGCCCCUCAGACCCGCACUCCACCUCCCAGCCCAGGCCCUGGGACUCCGCCGACCUGGCCCAAGACGUCGACCAGCCUGCGCCCACCCUGAGGAGCUACCGAAACUCCCAGCAUCCAGAGAUGGCUGGCUGCUCCGUCCCAGGGCGAAACGGGCCGGAGAAAGACCUCAUAAAAGGAUGUGCAAGAACAGCCCAGUCUCUGGAAGAUAAAAACGAAGAGCUGGAGAGCAGUGAGGCGUUGGGCAACCAGGUCUAUUUUGCUGUCUAUACCUUCAAGGCCCGGAACCCAAAUGAGCUGAGUGUGUCAGCCAACCAGAGACUCAAGAUCCUGGACUUUAAAGAUGUCACAGGAAAUACAGAAUGGUGGCUAGCCGAAGUGAACGGGAAGAAGGGCUAUGUUCCAUCCAAUUAUAUUCGCAAAGCUGAGUACACCUGAACCUGUUCUGCUUCCCACUCAGCCUUGCUGCCCUCGCUCCCUCCUGCUGGAGGUUCUGGUGGUCCCCUGAGAGGGCACCGCUCCGGAGGCACAGGCCCUGUCCCCAGUGCUCAACCAUGCCACGGGGGCACAAGAUACCACCUGUUCUCCUCCAUUGGGUUCGCAACCUUGAUGCUUACUAGAAUUUCUAGAAUUUGUCAUGAACCCUGGAGCUUGAAAAUAAUUCCAUGACCACGAGAAGAGCGGCAAGCCCUGAGUCAGCCUAUGGAAAUGAGAAAUUUCCAAGCAGAAGACUGUAUCUUGUGUAUGCUGGGAGCUGUGCCAUAGCAUUGGAAGGUGUUGGCAUUGGUUGUACCAUGCUCCACGAUCACCUGACAGAAAUUGACUUGGAUGAAAAGAAUUCUCCGGAAGCCCUUUUAGGCUAGGCCUCUGCCUGUGGCAAGGAGUUUGCUGAGAUUGUAUCAAUUCUGGUGUUUCAAAGCUUCGUGUCUAGCACACGUUCACGCCUAUGUGCCCACCCCAAUUUCCAAAAGUCCUUAAAACACGAGCGUGUGUCAUCUUUUUCUUAGUGCACUGAUUGGUUAUCCAACAUUCAACUGCUUUCUUUCUCCUUCUGAAGAGGUUUAGCGUCUUUCUUUUCCUUCGCCCUUUAUCUGAAGGUUCUCGUUUCUUAUAGGUGCAGUCACCUAUAAGUUCUGAGAGUUCUACUUUAUUCAGUCACCGUGUGAUCAUCUCCCAGGCUCUCUCUGCAGCCCAUAACUGAUAGACUUUUCCAAGGAGAAUAGGGUCAGAGUUCCAACCUUUCGUUCAAAGGAUUCACUCUGCGAUGAGCCCAAACCAGCCCAGCCCGGUGGAAGACGGGACGCCUUUCUCCUUCACCCAACUCAGUGCUGUCCACAGAUGCAGAAAACUAACGCGUGUCUUUUUUUUUUUUUUUAAUAUGUUUUUAUUGAUUUCAGAGAGGAAGGAAGAGGGAAAGAGAGAGAGAAACAUCAAUGAUGAGAAAGAAUCAUUGAUUGGCUGCCUCCUGCGCGCCCCCUAUUUGGGAUCCAACUCACAACCUGGGCAUGUACCCCAACGGGAAUAGAACCGUGACCUCCUGAUUCAUGGGUGGACGCUCAACCACUGAGCCACACCUGCUGGCCUAACACGUGUCUUAUUUGAAUUAGGAUACUCAGUCCUGAAAGUAGGUUAUCCGAGACUUAGAAAUAGCAUUUUCUGUUUUACUCUAACCUCCAUGUUUCAGAGAUCACAGUCUAAGCCAAAAAGAUUCUAAAGUGCCUGGUUGCCCCUUUCUCCGGCCUCAGGAAGGUGUUUGCUAACCCUCACCUGACGACUCUCCCCGGAACGUUCUAUUUGAGCAGGGCUCUUACUUAAGGUCUGCCCCCAUGUGAAGCCUACCUUGGAACAGAAAACUAUGAAUUUGUCUUACAAAGGGAAUUAAGAACAGUCUUACAGCCCCUGCCCACCAAGUGCACCUUGGGCCGAACCCUCCUGAUGCAUUAGGAGACACUGGGCUCCUGAGUCCAGGCGCAUGCGGGUCGGUCAGAAGGCAGCAGCGUGAGCCCCUUGUGAAUAGUUUAUAUUUAGAGACGUUUCUAUUGGAGUAGUUAUUUUAUAAAUAAAAGCGUUUCUAAGGAC